AUGGCUAUCGAAAUUAUUGAAGUAAUGACAUCGGAAGAGAGUUCUGCUCUCGCCAAAGAGUUCUUUGUGCCUACAAGAGAUGGCAAAGAACUGGCUUCUGAUGUCUACCUACCUCCAAAUGCAAACAACCAGAAGUUCUCGGCGAUUUUCGUUCGAACACCCUACGACAAGUCCAGCCGUUAUACCGCUCUCAAGUAUGAAGCUGAAUACUAUAUGGAUCGUGGCUAUGCAUUUGUCGCGCAAGACGUUCGUGGGAAGUUCAAAUCAACUGGUGAAACCGAGCCCUACGCCCAUGAUGUCAACGACGCAUACGAUACAAUUGAGUGGAUCACAAAACAGCCUUGGUCAAAUGGUCGCGUUGGGGUUACGGGUGUCUCCUAUUACGGCUUCACAACAUGGGCAGCAGUAGCCAGUGGCCACCCCGCGAUCAAGGCAGCUGUUCCUCAGGCAACAGGCAUCGAUAUGGGAGCUAGACAUGUCGCCUCACGAUGGUCACAGGAUAUCCCAUCUUUAUCGUCCGUCAACGACCUCAUCCAGAUUUGGACAGACAAUAAGGGCUACCUCGCCUCGAUUGACUGGACGGCUGAUACCCCUCAUAAAGUGGUUGAAAGUGCUUCUGAUGUAAUUGGGAAGAACAUCGCUGCGGGCAAGAUGAUUCAGGAAAGAAUCCAUCUCCAGGGGUGGUAUAACCCGUAUGGAGACCGGCAUCCAUAUCACACAACGAAUAUCCCCAUCCUACAUUGGCAGAAUUGGUACGACCCUGGAUUAGCACCAGCCGGGAUGCGCGAUUGGAGGCAUUUCCGCAAUCUGCCAACGCGUAAUCUCCAUUAUCUGCGGGCCAACUCUGCUGACCACUCAACGUUCUUAUUGGAGAAUGUUGGUGAUCUAAGCAAAGCUUCCUAUUUAAAUGAGGAAGCGAGAAAGAAAAGAAUUUAUGAGGAAUGUGGUGAAGUGGCAGAUUUCUUUGAUGAAUUCGUCAAUGGAUCAAAGCCAUCUGUACCUCGAGAGCGAGCUCGGUGGCACCUCGGCCAUGUUGGAUGGCAAGCCUCAGAAGAGUACCCCCCUCAAAGCAGACCCUUGAAGCUCACACUCUCAUCUACAAAAUGUGAUGCUGGGUAUGUCAUGUCGACAAAUGAAGACCACUCUCCCAUGCCAUCAUUAUUGACAUGGAUUCACGACCCAAAUAAUCCAGUUCCGUCUACAUUCGACAUUGAGGCUCUUUGGUAUUUGCUUGCAGCCUAUCCAGAUGAACGAGACAUGGCUCAACGUGAGGAUGUCCUGACAUUCUGCACCGAACCGUUAGUGGAUCAUCUGGAUUUCUGUGGCCAACCAACGCUCCAAGUGGAACUUGAAUUUUCGAGUCCCUCCACCCACUUGUUUGCAAAGCUGCAAGACGUUUUUCCCGACGGAACGACCCGUCCGAUAUCAUGGGGUCGGGUAGUCAUAGAUCAGAAAUAUGGACCCGAGGUGCUACUCAACUUGGAUGACAACGCAUACCGCUUACGAGCCGGACAUAGACUUCAGUUGCAGAUCCAGUGUAGUGACUUCCCAAUAUUUGCUGUGCAUCCUGGCUCCGAGGAGAAUCCGUGGACUGCCACGAAACGGGAGAAGAGCGAGCAUAGACUGCGCGUUGGUGGAAGCCAUGCGGCCUUCCUUAUCCUUCCGGUUAUCAGCUUGAAUAAGAUAUGA